CGAGGUCCUGCAGCUGCAUAUCAUUCUUUUUUCUCCUGUUGACAGAUGGGAACCGCAGAUCUUACUUAUUAUCACUCACACUCCACAUUCCUUGAUUAGUUCUGCCCAGUCCCCAUAUCUAUCACUGCCUGAGCCACUAGCAAGAAUCCGUCAAUUGAAAGCCCAAACAUUGUCCUGCGCGAAUUCAACAUCAACAUCAUCAUCGUCGUCGUCAUUGUCAUCAUCUCCAGGUCCGCCGGAGUCGUGCCUUUAGGCUCUGUCUGCUGCUUGCGGUCUGUCCUAUGUACGAGACAGGGGCCGCCCAUCAUCAUCCCCACUUCAACUCGCCAACCCAUCAAAACACCUCGACCGACCCACCAAUUGAUCAUUCAUUUCAUUCCAUAAUUACAACCCAUCAAUCGACAUGGCUGACAUCGAAGAAGAUACUGGUGCCGCCAGCCUGCCCAAUGCCUCUUCUUUACACCAAUACUUCGCCCUCAUCGGUAGCCUCUUCUACUACACUCUCAUCCUACCCAUCUACAAGCUCCUCCAGCUGCUUGUCUAUCUGCUAUCGCCCCUCUUCUAUGCCGUCCAGUUCCUCUUGCUGCCGGUGACAUACUUACUGGGCUUUGUACUGAACAUUCUUGGCUUUCCGUUUCGCUUGGAGGUUAGGACAAAGAUCGAGACCAUAUACACAUAUGUCGGUCUGGCCGUGCUACUUGGUCUCAUUGCUGCCAUCUCACUGCACGCCAUUGUUGCCAUGCUCUCGUCCGUACUCGGCUGGGACACACCCUCGUCACCACCAUCUUACGACACCAACCAGAAACCUGCGCUAAGAUCUGCUGCGUCGCAUAGAGCCUCACGGAGAAGAAAGCAUCAGGACUCACUCGAGGACAUGGAUAGCUCUGAUGCAGCCAACGCUGUGCGAACGAAUACGUCACCCAAAUCCAAACGCACAACCUUCUUUUCGCCCCCGGUGUUCAAGGAACUUGAUUCCGAGCUUCUUGAACUCAACUCAACCUAG